AUGGCUACCCGGCUGAAUGAGGCUGAGUCAGACUACACUCCAAGCAAGGGCUCACAGCUCGGGUCCGUGAUGACCAAUGGUGCUCCCAUCGUUGGACUUGCUGGCGGAGCGAUAUGUCUGAUAUCUGCAUUGUGGGCACUUUUUGGCCGAAUGGACGGAAACUUUGGGAGCAUUUCAGAAAGAUGGGAGUUCUUGAUCCGUUACCUGGGAUCAGAGAGGCUGGCUUAUGCAUUCAUUUGGGAUAUCUGUUCUUACGCCGUCUUCCAGCCCUGGUUAAUAGGUGACAAUCUUCAAGAUGUUGAGAGCAGCAAGAUUGGUAUCGUAAAUUAUCUUAGAUUUGUACCAGUUGUUGGCUUAGUUGCUUACCUUGUUUGUCUGAAUCUUGACGAGGAACUGUAG